CUGGCGGCAGCCGCCCGCUGCCGGCGAAUGGGGGCGAUGUAAGAUGGCGGCGCUACCUGAGGAGCCGGCGGAGGUGGCGGCGAUAAAGCCGGACCCUGAGGCGGGGACGCCGCCGCAACCUCCCGCUGCUCCUCCAGCCGCCGUAGUCGCAGCUCCAGCCGCUCCUCCGGCUGCGGCGGAGGGGGAGCUGGCGGGGAGCGGCGGGGAUGCGGCUCCCGCUAAGCCUGCGGCUCCGGGCCCGGCCGCAUCCCCGACGGCACUGGACCGGCAGACGCUUGUGGCCGUGCUGCAGUUCCUGCGGCGCAGCAACCUCCGCGAGUCCGAGGAGAUCCUGCGCCGCGAAGCCCGCCUGCUCGGAGACGACCUCGGCGCCGCUGCCCUCAGCCCCGCCGGCGCCGGGCUGCUGGGAGCCCCGGGCGGCGAUGCGGACGCUGCCGGCGGCGAGGCGCUGCUCAGCCGGGUCACCACCGCUGCCGCCACCGCCAUAGGAGGCAGCGCCGCCACCGUCGCCUCUUCCAGCCCCGGGGUGGCGGCGGUGGCCGCGGCGCCGCCGGGGAAAGUUGGAGGUGGUGUUGCUGUGGAAGAUCAGCCAGAUGUGAGUGCAGUAUUGUCAGCCUACAAUCAGCAGGGAGACCCGACACUGUACGAGGAGUACUACAGUGGAUUAAAACACUUCAUUGAGUGUUCCCUGGACUGUCAUCGGGCAGAAUUGUCUCAGCUGUUUUAUCCUCUCUUUGUGCACAUGUAUUUGGAAUUGGUCUACAAUCAACAUGAGAGUGAAGCAAAGUCUUUUUUUGAAAGAUUUCAUGGGGAUCAGGAGUGCUAUUACCAGGAUGACCUGCGUGUAUUAUCGAGCUUAACCAAAAAAGAACACAUGAAAGGUAACGAGACCAUGCUGGAUUUCCGAACAAGCAAGUUUGUGCUGCGUAUUUCCCGUGACUCUUAUCAGCUCUUGAAGAGGCAUCUUCAGGAAAAGCAGAACAAUCAGAUCUGGAACAUUGUUCAGGAACAUCUUUACAUUGAUAUCUUUGAUGGAAUGCCUCGCAGCAAACAGCAGAUAGAUGCUAUGGUUGGAAGCUUGGCUGGGGAGGCAAAACGAGAGGCUAAUAAAGCAAAGGUUUUCUUUGGCUUAUUGAAAGAACCAGAGUUUGAUGUGCCAUUGGAUGAUGAAGAUGAAGAAGGAGAAAAUGAGGAAGGAAAGCCAAAGAAGAAAAAACCUAAAAAAGAUAGUGGAGGGUCCAAAAGUAAAAAACAAGACCCUAAUGCUCCUCCCCAAAAUAGAAUUCCUCUGCCUGAACUGAAAGAUUCUGACAAGCUGGAUAAAGUAAUGAAUAUGAAAGAAGCUGCAAGGCGUGUGCGUCUUGGUCCAGAGUGCCUGCCCUCCAUCUGUUUCUAUACGUUCCUUAAUGCUUACCAGGGUCUGACUGCAGUGGAUAUUACAGAUGACUCAAGCAUGAUUGUAGGAGGCUUUGCUGACUCUACUGUCAGAGUGUGGUCUGUGACUCCAAAGAAGCUACGUAGUGUGAAAACAGCAGCAGACCUCAGUCUCAUCGACAAAGAAUCAGACGAUGUCUUGGAGAGGAUCAUGGAUGAGAAAACAGCAAGUGAGUUGAAGAUUUUAUAUGGUCACAGUGGACCUGUCUAUGGCACCAGCUUCAGUCCUGAUAGGAACUAUCUGUUGUCCUGUUCUGAGGAUGGCACUGUCAGAUUGUGGAGUCUCCAAACAUUCACGUGUUUGGUGGGAUAUAAAGGACACAACUAUCCAGUAUGGGAUACGCAAUUCUCUCCUUAUGGUUAUUACUUUGUGUCAGGGGGACACGACAGAGUGGCUCGCCUAUGGGCAACAGAUCACUACCAGCCUUUACGGAUAUUUGCUGGCCAUCUUGCUGAUGUGACAUGCACCCGAUUCCAUCCAAACUCCAACUAUAUUGCCACGGGCUCUGCAGACAGGACUGUACGGCUCUGGGAUGUUUUGAAUGGGAAUUGCGUAAGAAUAUUCACUGGACAUAAGGGACCAAUUCAUUCAUUGGCAUUUUCUCCUAAUGGACGAUUCCUGGCUACUGGAGCAACAGAUGGAAGAGUUCUGCUGUGGGAUAUUGGACAUGGCUUGAUGGUUGGAGAAUUAAAAGGUCACACUGACACUGUCUAUGCGCUCAGAUUCAGUAGAGAUGGGGAAAUUUUAGCAUCAGGUUCAAUGGAUAACACAGUUCGCCUGUGGGAUGCUGUGAAAGCAUUUGAAGAUUUAGAAACUGAUGACUUUACCACAGCCACUGGACAUAUAAACUUGCCUGAAAACUCUCAGGACUUGUUAUUAGGUACAUACAUGACCAAGUCAACCCCGGUCGUACAUCUCCAUUUCACACGCAGAAACUUGCUGCUGGCGGCAGGAGCCUACAGCUCACAAUGAGUCGGCAGCUGUGAGACUGACUGUGCCAUGUCGUGGCAGUAGCGACCUCAGGACAUGAGAUGAGGAGGAAGGUCUUGUCUAGGUGGAUCCCACUAGUCCGUUGAAGGAAAACCAAAACUAUGUAAACUAAUUGCAAGCAGCAUCUUAGUUCUGCUGAUUCAUAUUUAUCCACAGUUUGAAAAUGCUGGAGAUUGACAAGACAUCGUGGCUGUAAAAGAAGAAAUUGUUUGUGGUGCUUUGAUAGAAAUAUAUAUAUAUGUAUUUGAAAAUGUCUGUCUCCUCUCAGAGAUGAUACUGAAAUCUACUGAAACUUGUGGAAAGUUAACAGCCUUGGUAUGUGUUCUCAAAUGAUUUUUUUUUAAAGCACUUAAUUUAUGGUUAGCAAAUGUUUAAUCAAUCUCAAACACAAGUGAAAACUUCAGUUUCAGAAAAGAAGAAUGUAGUUUAAUCCACUGUGGCCUGGGCUGGGCAACAGGUAUGGUGAGAGCAGGUCCUGCAGGCAGAGGCCUGUGGGGAACUGCUGCAACGUUCCAUGUCUGGGUUUUACGCAUCCAAGUACCAAAUCCUGAAAAGAUUUCAAACUCCUGUGCCUUUUGAGGUAUUGGAAAUGCAGAUCUUGUCAUUCUGUUUUCACAGGUAGCCAAUGCUGUGUGAUAAGCAACCAGAAGUGCAAUGUGAACUUCAUUUACUUUCAUACUUCAGUGUAUGACCAAAAAAAAAAAAAAAGGUGGGGGGGACUGAGACACAACUGAAAUACCCAUUAUUAAAACAGUGGAGUUAAACCGUUUUAUGUUGUAUUAGAUCUAAACAAACUUUAAAAACUUCUGUCCUUUCUGCAUAGGGUUUAAUAUAUCAAAAUGUAGAACUAGCCAAGAAACUGAAACGUUAUUGCAGAGUAAACGGCUUCAUCAGUCCUGUGUAUUAUCAGUUUGCUUUUGAAAGGCCAAAAUGAUAUCCCCAGGGGCACUAAAGCUCAGUGCUUUAUUUCUAAAGGAGGGUAAACCAUACAAAACACCAGUAAGUGUAACUUCUUUCUGGGUCUUGGAACCGAAAAUGCCACCACCAAAGGACAGGCCCAGUUUGGUGUGGUUAUUGGUUUGGUUGUGUAGGGUUUUUUGUUUGUUCGGUUGGUUGGUUGGUUCCCACCCCCCCCUUCUCUUACAAGCUGUAUACAGGGAAAUCUAUUUUGUGUUCCUCAUUACUUUCCAGUAAGGGAUUGGACACUUGAACAAUCUGUUGCUUCCAGUGAAAAUAAAAUCAGGACUUGACAUUUCUAAGGUAAAAGAGAUGAAGGACUACCUCCCCACUUAUCCUUCUCUGCCUCUUGGCGUCAAGGUCUAUUACAGUCAUUAUGCAUCACAAUAAAGGGCGUAAGAAUCAUUAGGAAGCUCACCUGGAAAUUUUCUUUGAAGCAAAAAGGUUAAAACUAAAUUAUUAUGGAAUUUUGUGUGUGUGUAAUGGUACCUCAACAAAAUUUUCUAGCUCUCAAUAUGACCAGUUGGAUUUAAGUACAAUUAUGGUAAAUCAGACAAGUUACCUAAAGCAAAGCACAUACAGCUUUGACAGCUUAAAGAAAACACUGCCACAUUCUGCCUUUGUAUUUUGUACAGUUUUAUACUUUUGAUAUUAUAAUAAAUACUAGAACCACAA